AUGCUUCAACCACCAAUUCCCCGAAAUUCAUCUAUUAAAACAUCACUUUCAAUACUGAACACCCUAAAACAUAUUGUGGAGUCAGAGGAGUGGUGUGACUUAAAAAGCCUAAUAGGUUUAAUUACAGAAAGACUGAAAAAUCUGUGUAAAAAUUCCAAUGACAAUACGGUGAUUCUUAGUACGACUUUAAGAGUUUUAAAAGUCAUUCGUGAAGAGGCACUCAAAUUCCAAAUGGGAGAAAAUGCUGAUUUCGAAGAAAAUUUAACAAAUCGUCUUUUUGCAGUUGGGGAUGAAGCUUACGAAGCAGUUUCUCGAGAUGACAUUUUAGAAGCUAUCCUUAACACAUUGGAUGAUUUAGUUGUUGAUAUAAAGUCGUCUUUGACAAGUUUAGCAGACUUGUCCUUAGAUUUCAUCCACUCCGAUGAACUAAUAAUGACAUCAGGAUAUUCCAAAGCAGUGUACCAUUUUCUACGUCAUGCGGCGAAAAAGGGGAGAAACUUCAAAGUUAUUAUAUGUGAAUGUUAUCCUAACAACUUAGGACAUAAAUUAGCUGAUGAACUGUCAAAGGAUAAUGUGGAUGUUAUUUUAGUUCCUGAUAGUCACGUCUACGGUUUAAUGUCACGAAUAAAUAAAGUGAUCGUCAGCUGCCAGGCUGUUUAUCCCGACGGGACAUUGAAAGCAACAGUUGGAACAUAUGGUGCUAUGCUUGCUGCCAAAAGCUUUUCCAUCCCGAUUUAUGUGUGUUUACCGCACUACAAACUUUCUCCUAUACCAUUCAAACUAUCAUCUCGAUCAACACCAUCAUUCUCUGUACAACCUACUGCCAAUCCCAGUGAUCGUUCAGUCGAUUGGCUUGAUAGUCCAUCGCUUAUUCUUCCACCAAAUGACCCUGAACUAGUUAAUGAAGGGUUAGUAUAUCAUCAGCCAAGUGACGGUCCAGUUGUCUGGGUACCGAAAUGGGAAAUUAUACCUUCUGGUCUUGUCAGUUUGUUUUUAACAAAUCUUGGCACUCAUGCUCCUUCAUAUUUAUAUGCUCUUGGAAGAGAAUUAUUUCACUCAGCAGAUAUCAAGACUACUUUGACAUGGACUUAA